AUGACUUCCUCCCUAUCAUCCAGCGAUACCCACGAGAUCAACCUACCAUUCCCAUCUUCCAGCGGUCAUGAGGAACAUCACACAUCGACGGAAUUGAACAAGCCCGUUGCCCUCCGCUCGGCACUCAAACUAUCCUCAAGCUCCACCCCGUCAGGCUCACAGAACCCAAAGUCAACCGAGGAACCACAGGACGGACUACGCAGUGCUUCAAGUCCCAGCCUACCGAGUUCUACCAUCGGAGCUCCCGCAUCUUCCCCGCUGACCACCACGGGCUUCCCCCUUCGGCCUAGUCUCUCUCGAGCUCGUUCCUCGGGAGAACUUCUUCCACCGGGCUAUGAACGCAGGGUCGGGUUUUCGACAAUGGAAACCGAAGAACCAACCAAGGGUGGUGGGACUGGGGCCGAAUACAGCUUCACCCUUCAAGCUAAGAGUUCAAAUUAUAAGCCUCGUCGGGACUCGAGAUGUUUCUUAGUAGCCACCGAUGGCGAAUCUUACUCGAUUCAAGCACUUGACUGGCUAAUGUCAUCACUGGUCGAGCAUGGCGACGAAGUGGUCGUACUUCAAGCUGUAGAGCCAGGAGGCUCGGCUCACAAGGACGUCGAGAAAGAGGAGCAUGCCAAAACUGAGGCCCAGGAAGUUCUUCGUCAUGUUUUGACCAAAAACGAUCGUCAAAUUACGGUCACCGUCGAGUUUGUCAUCGGUCCUGCAAUCAAAACCAUUCAACGAAUGCUUGAAGUUUAUCGGCCAGAUUCAUUAGUUGUUGGGACCCGAGGAAAAAACCCAUCGGCUUGGCAAAAAGCGUUUUCUCUCAGCUCGACCAGUCAAUAUCUAGUUGCUCGCUCGCCAGUGCCCGUAAUUGUAGUGAGACCUGAAAGAAAGGUUCGACAAUCGCGAGAAGCGCGAGCGAAAGACCCCAAACGAAGAUCCUACCAAACCUUGUUAGGACUCCCAUCCAAGCCUGUCCUCUCCCCUUUACCUACUCGAUUCGAAUCUGACCCAGACGCUAACGCAUUAAGAAGAGAACAGACAAACCCAGUCUGA